AAGAAAGAUACCUUACUAUUGACUACAGCGGAGAUGAUGGGUUUCCUGGAGGCUGUUGAUGAAACAUUGAAUCAGCACUUAAAAGACGUUGCCAAAGAUGUUGUCGAUACAUCAGUGAAUGAGCUCAAAGAAAACACAUCAGUGUGUAUUGAUAAAAUUAAAGACUAUUUGGAUACAUGUACGCAAACGCUUGAAAAACAGGCAGAAUUGCAUAAACAAGACUUUGAUAAUAACGCAGACAAACGUACGCAAGCCUUUAAUGAGAGCGCAGACAAACACACGCAAGCCUUUGAUAAGAAUGCAGACAAACACAAGCAGGAUUAUAAUGAACUCACUGCCACACGCACACAGAAAUUUGAUGAGCAUGCAGACAAACGCACGCAUGAGUAUGAUGAACUCACUGUCACACGGAAAAAAUAUUUUGAUGAGAACGCAGACAAACGCUUGAGGGACAUCAAUGGGCGGUGUGGAAAUACCACUUUCACUGAAGCAGUCUUCAAACAAUCAUGUGCAGAAAUGCUUGAAGCUUUGACAAAGUAUUACAGCAAAAUUUUCUAUCACGUAAAUAUCUUCCCAUUGGGUGACUGGGCGCAGGAAAAGCUACUGGAUAUCUAUAUGAUGCCGAAUAUCCAAUUAAUGGCUAAGGAAAAAUGGUUUUUUAAGAAAACUGGUGAACAAAUUUCGACAUACCAACAUAUAUUUGUAUCGGAUAACAAACCGAAUCAACAGAUAUUUAUUCAAGGGGAAGCAGGGUAUGGGAAAACUACUUUUCUUGCGAAAUUGGUCAUGGACUGGUGUACUAUUACAUCAAAACAAUCUCUCGAGACGACGCUGCUAAUGGACGACAAGACAAGCUCUAAUACACAUCAUAGAUACAAUGAUUUCUCUGAAGAUUUAACGCCUCUGCAAGAGUUUAAGUAUGUCUUCCACAUAUCAUUAAGAGAAUCAGUUUAUCAGGUUGAAAUCGCGAAAAUGAUAAAUAAACAGAUAGUUGACAGUAUAUACUCAUCUAAAGAAGACCGCAAAAAGGCAUACAAACUGCUGAAUGAGAUCAUGAAACGUGAACGCUGCUUGGUAUUACUGGAUGGUCUAGAUGAAUGGAUCGGUACUGGAGAUCGUCACAACCUGCCAAAACUGGCUGGCGUACACAGUCUUUGUGUUUUGUUGAUAACUACUCGACAUUGGAAGUUGACAGAGAGAAUACCUGACUCGCAGAUUUCCAAACUGCUGCAACUUGAUGGAGUCAAUUGCGAGUUUGAAGUGAGCAGACAAAUCCUGGGGUGUAGGAAAGAUUGUAAGGAUAGAAACGAUUUAGACAAAAAACAAUCUGAAUUUAAAUCGUAUAUAUUGAAAUAUGGCCUGUUGGAGCAUGUGUACUCCCCAUUGAUGUUAUGUUUGAUUGUACACUUGUGGGCCAAAGGAACUGAACUGAUGGUCUCUAGGUGUGAAAUGUACAGCCUCUUGCUGGAAAGUCUUUUCAAAAAGGCGAAAAGUGAAACGAGUGAAUUUCAAGAUCCGCCUUUUCGAUGCUUCACAGAGACACAAUACAUAGAGCCCAAUAUUGAACACUUGAAUAGACUUGCUGAGGUGGCAUUUUAUUUGUUAUUUUCAGAUACACCGAAAAAGUCUCUUGUAUUCACCAUUACAGAAUUGAAGAAAUUCAAUUUAGGUAAACUAGAUAAAAACAACUUUGCACUGAAAUCCGGUAUUUUUUCGGCGACACGCAAGGAAUCUACAUUCAGAUCAUCUUCAUCAUUUUCAUUUAUUAAUACGAGCAUUCAGGAAUUCCUUGCUGCCUAUCAUAUUGCGAGAAAUACCAAUCUGAUUGAUGACGUCAUUUUCGGAUAUCUCAACUGUCACAGGGAUGCAUAUCUCGACAUAUCACAGGUAUUCAUCUUUCUCUGCGGUCUGAACAUUUCGGCUGCAAAUAAGCUUUCUGGCAUGAUGGAUGAACACGAUGCUGCUAGUGGGUUUCUACCAAUCAGAUCGUACUCUGGGCUUCAAAACAUAAUUAUGAAAGGAUACAGAGAAGCUGUUGCAAAUCAGCAAAAUGAUAUUCGCCUCAAACUUAGUAUUUUCCAUUUCUUCUAUUUCUCUAUUUCUGCUAACAACUUACGAGACCUGCACAGCGUAUGGACAAAUAACAAGUCAAAUGUCCUGGCAUUGACUAUACAUGUUCUUGACAUACAGAGUUCACUUAAAAAUGGAGAGUCUGCAUCUCACAUUGAGUUUGACCUGUCAUCGUGCUCCAAGCUGAAUACAUUUGUACUAGAUGGAAACGGCAUAUUGCUAAGUGAUUGUGCAAGUAGGUCAACGGCAGAACAUCAGGUAGGGGUUGUUCUAAGUCCUCCAAUGCUGCCUUCCAUAGCACGCAUUAAAUUACAGAAUGUUACAUGUUCCUCUAGCUGGCUACACAGUCUGUUCAGCACGCUGCUGACUCUCAAUCAUAGGGUGAUGUGCGAGCUGCAGGAGAUUUCUAUCGAAUGUGAAUACGGAGCAGAAAGGAAAACAUGGGCAGACAUACAUACAUGUUUAAACCAUGUAUUUUGGAUACAUAUUUGGUCUGAAAGUCAUGGUCUGUGGGAGGCUCUGCAUGGUCUGAAUAUCAAGCGUCUUUGUCUGAAUGGUUCGAUAGGCGAUUUAGACCUGAUUCGUAUAGAGUGGUCCCUGUCACUAUCAUCGCUCACACAACUAGAAUCGCUUAGUAUUAAGGCGGGGUAUGACAGUUUGGGACUAUGGAAGGCUAUUCAUGGUAUGAAUAUCAAGACUCUGUGUCUGUUAGGUAAUUUACCAGAUUUAAACUGGCAUCACAAACAAUUGUCAAUGGUGCUACCAUCGCUGACACACAUGGAAACGCUUAGUAUUGGUGUGUUGAAUGGCAGUUCCAGCGUGUCGAAGGCACUUCAUGGUCUGAAUAUCAAGAAUCUGUGUCUGUGUGGUUUGACAGAAGGCUCGGGCGCGGAUCAUGUAGAUGCCUGGUCACAGUCACUAUCAUCGCUCACACACCUGGAAUCGCUUAGUAUUAAGGCGGGAUAUGGCAGUACCGGACUAUGGAAGGUUCUGCAUGGUCUGAGCAUCAAGACUCUGUUUCUGAGUGGUAUUUUGAGAGAUUUAGACGUGCAUCAUGCAGAGUGGUCGCAGUCACUUUCAUCGCUCACACAGCUGGAAACGAUUACGCUACAUGAGGAUACAUAUAAACACUUACAACUACCUCAAUCAUUGAAGUAUUUAAAUAUAUAUUGUUAUAAAUUGAUUCCACCCAAAGUUAUUGAACUGGUGGACACACUGCCUACAUGUACUAAGAAAGUUGAGGGUAGGCAGACAUUUCGGUGUUCUGUCGAGUUCCUGACUUCACAAAACAUCCCACUUGAGGAAUACACUGCCAUCCAACAGGAACUGGGCACACGGAAGAAUGUUACACUGGAGCGAUUCCAAAUAUUAGAGCCGAUGCCUGAAACAAAUCUGUAUUUUGUUGAUGUUGAUGAUGAUUGCGUAUGUGACUUUUAUGUAUGUGAUUCUUACGUAUCUUUUAAAGAGAUGACUAAUCAUAGCCAUCAUAUUUUAAUGCAACUUGUGAUAAAUCCAGCCUCAACCCAUUGAAAUCAUCAAUAAAUGCAGCAUCAGCGCAUUAUUAUAUUGUAAAAAAUGCAUUAUUUGAGUCCAGAUCAGAUUUUGUAAAUAAGAAUGAUAUAUGCUACCUGUAUAUCAUACAUAAAUUGAUGCAGUCAGGUUAUGUCAAAUAUUAAAUAAGUUAUAUCUUUCUACAUUCUAUAUGUGUUUGGGCAAAUAGCAUCAACAAAUUUUUUUCGACGUUAUACUAGAAAAGUAUAAUGUUUAAUACUAGCUAGAACUAAGCCUAAUUUCAUUAUAAAAAGUUUAACCAUAGCAUUUUUAUGUACACGUUUCAAUCAUUCUCCAAAACUACUUUCAAAAUAUGUUGGUUAGCUUAUAAAUAUUGAAGACUAACAAACACAAAAGAUACUUAUUUAGCAAUAUAGAACACAAACAAUGUUACGUGUAAGAUUUUACCAAGUAUUAGUUUGCACCUUGUGUACAAUUUUAAUAAUUGUUUGCCCCCCACCCCCUUCGAAGAAGAGGGGGUAUAUUGUUUUGCUGGAUGUUAGUCGGUCGGUCUGUCUGUCAGUCGGCCUGUCGGUAGACCAGUGCGUUUCCGAUUAAUAACUCGUCAACGAAUUGACCAAUUGGCCUAAUACAUCACAUGUGCAUUGGCCUUCGACAGUAGAUGAAUCCUAUAGAUAUUGGGGUCACUACGUUAAAGAUCAAGGUCACUGUGACAUUAAGUAUUAAAUUGGAUUACGUUGAAUAUGUCAUCAAAUGAUUGAGUGAUGGGUGUCAAGGCUUUAUUUAGGGGAAUAGGGGGAGGGCAUCUGUCUCCGACCACGGAGCUCUUGCUAUUUUAAAGUUUAUUUUUUAGUUUAUGUAAAUAUACUGAAAUAAGACUAAAAUAUGUAGACAUGUACACACAUUUGAAAAUCAACGAGUCAUGUUUAUUUCAAUUCAUCAGAAUUGAAAUAGGUAUGGAAAAAUAUCAAGCUAAAUUAAUCACAAGUCCAUUUAACAUGUUGACAAAGCUUCAUGUUUAUUUAUCAAUUGUACAUUUACCAAAUACGGAUUUAACACACACACUGCAAAUUUCAAUGCUACAGCGGUCAAUAUCGUAUGAGACCACGAUGCAUUUACGAAUGCCACACAUCUGGGCGCAUUUAGUAACAAUUUCGCCCUGUUGAAUGUUGUCCAAUUCUUCUUUAACAGCUUUUUGAAAGUCCAGAAGUGUCUGAGGGGGUUUAAACUUUACAAGAUGCAUGUCUUAAACAUGGUACACACAGUGUUUAAUUGGGGACAUGUCUGGAGAGAUUUCUCACCAUCGGCAGUACUCGUUUGUGGCCAUUCAAGUACAUUCAUAUGGUUUUUGUCAAUAAAGUUAUUUUCACCAUGGAAGUAUUAUUUCACCAUGGCAGUACUCUUUCACCAUGGCAGUACUCUUUUACCAUGGCAGUACUCUUUCACCAUGGCAGUACUCGUUUGUGGCCAUUCAAGCACAUUCACAUGCCUUUUGUCAAUAAAGUUUUUUUCAUCAUGAACGCACUCUUUCACCAUGUCAUUACUACUGCACCAUGGCUGUACUCGUUUGCGGACACGCAUUAAUCAGUUACAUAACACCUUUGCAAUGAUUGAAUUGUUUCGCUAGAAUAGGGCAUGACAACUGGCCUCAACAUUGCAUUUGCAGUAACAUUGCGCUCUUAAAUGACGAAUUGAGUUACAUGUUUUGUCCUCUGUUACAUGGAUGUGUGUUAAAACCUUUUUAAUCGAAAAUUUAUCAAUUAAAUGAACAUGUUACAGGAGUUUCUGGGAAAUAGAAAUAAAUAUAGCCAAUUCGUUUAAUUAUGUUAAGUAUAUAUAUACAUAAAUAUGCAUAUUGUAUAUAUAUUGUGUUAAACUAUUGUAUUUUGUAUUCUUGACUAGAAUGCCUUCCUUAAAACAAUACGGAUUCAUUUGUUAACGUUUUAGUUAUAACUAUGGGCCAAGUGUGAAGUUUUGAUUCCUUUAAAUGGGUUUAAACCACCAAUACUUUGCAGUGACUGCUCAGAGUCUAUGACCCCAGUUUUAUGCAUUGUUUGUAUUUGUAUUGUAUUUGUGGUUUUUGUCUAUUUAAUUCGUACCUUCGAUGUUGUUAUUUUUGUUCACAAUGUUUGUCAUAUGGUCCAUUGCUAUGAAUAAAGGGCAACAUGUUA